AUGCUUGGUAGGCUUGAUGAAGUCUUAAGUCACCACCUUUACAGGAUUUGGCUCGCCAGCUCGAAAGGAACCCAAACCGAACUCCAGAUACAUUCAGGAGGAGGCUGUGCGAAACUUGCGAGGCAGACAGCUUAUCUAUCUGCACCAACUACGAGAAGCGCAAAGACGUAUUCUGGAAGCGAAAUUGAAGACUUUGUCCAGCUACCCCGUGUUUGA